CAAAUCUGAUAAGAAAAGUUUCGAUUAAGAAACUUGAUCAAUAAACAUAUCACGCCUUUUCAUCAGUCAACAAAAAGCCAUAGUAAAACCAUGUGGUUUUUCAGAAUAUUCUUUUCAUUGUUAUUUUUUAAUACUUUAGCCAACGAAAAUGGGAAAGAAGUUUGUACUCUUCUUAGCAUUUGUGAUAAUCUUGUAGCUUUGAAAUAUGAAGUUGCUGCUAUACGUGAGGAGCAAAAACGGCAGGCGGUUAUUUUAGAGGGUUUAGACAAAAAAUUCGACCUUUGUGUGCCCAAUUCAUAUCCGGCAAGCUGUGCUGAGUCAUCCAAAAGUAAACUUGUGAUACGCGUCCUAGAGUACAGUGAAAACCCCUUUGAGGUGACCUGCGAUCAGGAGAGUCACGGUGGAGGCUGGACUGUAGUUAUGCGGCGAAACGAUGGUAGUCAGGACUUUUUUCUCGAGUGGAAAAACUACAAAGACGGAUUUGGCCAGCUGGACAAUGAGUUCUUCAUGGGAAUGGACAAACUGCACGCGAUGACUGCAUCGGAACCCCAGGAACUUUUAGUUCUCUUGGAAGAUUAUAAAGACGACAAUCGCUAUCAGCUGUACGACAACUUUAAAAUCGGACCCGAGUCUAAUAACUACACGCUAGAAUCGCUGGGAUCAUCGAACGGAGACGCUGGGGAUUCACUUAUCUAUCAUCUGGGCAUGCAAUUUAGCACUAAGGAUCGUAAGAACGAUAUCGAUCCAACAACGCACUGUGCUGAAUUGUUUACAGGCGCCUGGUGGUAUCGAGCUUGUCAUAAAAGUCACUUGUUUGGCAUGUUUGGCGACAACUGGUCUGGUCGAGGCAUAGUUUGGGAUACAUUUGGAUACAAUACAUCCUACCUUCCCUACAAUCUGAAACGGGCCGCAAUGAUGAUAAGGCCAAAAAGGAUUUCUUCCAAUCGAUCAUAAGCACUGACUUUAAAUAAAUAUGAAAUAAAGUUUAAAGUUAAUUACCCAACUGUAACUCUAUAACUUUACCAAUAAAAACGGUUUUCGACUUAAGCUUUAUUUUAA